AUGGGGAAGAAAAGCAAGAAGGGAGCCGCCGGUGGCGACAUCUGGGACGACGAAGAGUUGGCUCAGGAUAUGCCACAAGCCGAAGAAUUCGGGACUACUAAUGAAGAUACAGCAACACCAGAGUCUGCGGAAGAUCUGAAUGAUUUCUUAUCAUCUAUACGUAGUUCCAAGAAGAAAAAGGAAGAAAAGGAAGAUGAGAAGGCCAAGGCAAAGGAUGGACCUAGGGUUUUGACCAAAAAGGAGAAAGAAAAGUUGAAAAAAGAGGCUGAAAAGCAAAUGAAGAAAGAGCAGGCAGCCAAGAAGAAGGCCCAGCAGGCUAAUAAGAAGGAGCAGAUUAAGGAAGCCAACAAGCAACAAGCAGCAGCUGCAUCUUCGAACACACCAACCCCAGAACCCGAAGAGACAGAGGAGAAACCAAAGCCAGCACCAAAGAAGGCAGGUAAGAAAGUACCUGGUGGUCUUGCUGCUCUUAAGCGCCAAUUGGAACUCAAAAAGCAGUUGGAAGAGGAACAAAGACGUCUCGAGGAGGAAGAAGAGAUGCGCCUUGUAGAAGAGCAAAAGCGUGCUGAAGAAGAGAAAGCUAAGCAAGAGGCUGACAGAGCAGCAAAGAAGGAAAAGGAGCGCUUGAAGAAGGAAAAGUUGAAGGCAGAAGGUAAACUUUUAACCAAGAAACAGAAGGAAGAAAAGAAAUUACAAGAACGCCGCAGGGAACAAUUAUUACAGGGUAAUGUUUCCAUUCCUGGAUUGCAGCAAGAACCGUCAGCUCGUCCAAGUAAGGUGGUUUACACCAAGAAGAAAUCCUCCAAGACCAAGAAUUUCCUUGAAAAUAAAUUCGUGGCACCAAGCAAGCCUGAAAAUGACAAGUCAGCAUCGAAGAAAGAAGAUCUUGCAGAUGAUGACGAGGAAGAGUUAGUGGAGGAUUGGGAAGCUAUGGCCAUCGACGAACCGGUUGCCGAUGAUUGGGAGUUGGCAUUGGAAGAUGAUGCUGACCAGGACGGAGACAAUGUUGACGAAAAGGAAAUCACUGCUCAAAAGGCCAAGGAAGAGGAGGAAAAAAAAGCAAGAGAGGAGGCCGAAAGGCGAAAAGAAGAAGAGAUCCGAUCCAAGAAGGAAGCAGCAGCAAAGGCAGAGGAAGAGAGAAGGAAGCAAGAAGAGGAACUGAAAGCUCUUUCGAACAAGAAGGGUGCCGCCCCUCCUGUUCAAAAGGAUUUAAGAUCCCCUAUUUGUUGUAUUUUAGGUCAUGUUGAUACAGGUAAGACCAAAUUAUUGGAUAAGAUCCGUCAAACUAAUGUUCAAGGAGGUGAGGCUGGAGGUAUCACUCAACAGAUUGGUGCCACGUAUUUCCCUGUUGAUGCCAUCAAGCAAAAAACCGCUGUUAUGUCUCAGUUCGAGAAACAAACAUUCGAAGUUCCAGGUUUGUUGAUUAUCGAUACCCCAGGUCACGAGUCUUUCACUAACUUGAGAUCUCGUGGUUCGUCCUUGUGUAACAUUGCCAUCUUGGUGAUUGAUAUAAUGCAUGGAUUGGAGCAACAAACACUCGAAUCUAUCAGGUUAUUGAGAGACAGGAAAGCUCCCUUUAUUGUUGCAUUGAACAAGAUAGAUAGGUUGUACGACUGGGACUCAACGCCAAACAACUCUUUCCGUGACUCGUUUGCCAAACAAAAGAAGCCUGUAAAGGCUGAGUUCGAGAGCAGACUUGAACAGAUUAAAGUCGCAUUAGCUGAACAGGGUUUGAACUCCGAGUUGUAUUUCCAAAACAAGUCGUUGUCGAAGUACGUCUCUAUUGUUCCUACUUCGGCUGUCACCGGAGAAGGUGUUCCUGAUUUAUUGUGGUUAUUACUCGAGUUGACCCAGAAGAGAAUGUCGAAGCAAUUGAUGUACUUGUCCAAGGUUGAAGCAACCAUUUUGGAAGUCAAGGUCGUUGAGGGAUUCGGCUACACCAUUGAUGUGGUUCUUUCAAAUGGUAUCUUAAAGGAAGGAGACCGAGUGGUAUUAUGUGGUUUGAAUGGACCUAUUGCAACAAAUAUCAGAGCACUUUUAACUCCUCCACCCUCAAGAGAAUUGAGAAUUAAGUCUGAGUAUGUGCACCAUAAGGAAGUGAAAGCUGCCUUAGGUGUGAAGAUUGCUGCAAACGAUUUAGAAAAGGCUGUGGCUGGAUCUCGUUUGAUUGUGGUCAACGAAGGGGAUGACGAGGAAGAAAUUAUGGAAGAAGUCAUGGAUGACUUGACGGGCUUGUUAGACUCUGUUGAUACUUCUGGAAAGGGAGUGGUUGUUCAAGCUUCUACUUUGGGUUCAUUGGAAGCUUUGCUUGACUUCUUAAAAGACAUGAAGAUUCCUGUUAUGUCUAUUGGUUUGGGUCCAGUUUUCAAGAGAGAUGUCAUGAAAGCAACAACAAUGUUGGAAAAAGCUCCCGAAUACGCAGUAAUGCUUUGUUUUGAUGUUAAGGUUGACAAGGAAGCCGAACUCUAUGCUGAGGAACAAAACAUCAAAAUCUUCAACGCUGAUAUCAUCUACCAUUUGUUUGAUGCUUUUACCGCUUACCAAGAGAAGUUAAUGGAGAUAAGACGUCGUGACUUCCUUGAGUACGCCAUUUUCCCCUGUGUUUUGAAGACUAUCCAAAUCAUUAACAAGCGUAACCCUAUGAUUAUUGGUGUCGAUGUCUUGGAAGGUGCUGUGAGAAUUGGAACGCCAAUUUGUGCCGUUCGUCAAGACCCUACUACCAAACAACCCAAUGUUAUGGUUCUUGGAAAGGUGGUAUCUUUGGAAGUGAACCACAAGUCAUUGGAUAUCGUGAAGAAAGGACAAACCUCCGCUGGUGUUGCCAUGCGUUUGGAAAACCCAUCGGCAGCCCAACCAACUUGGGGUCGUCACGUCGACGAGAGCGAUAACUUGUACUCCUUGAUCUCCCGUAAAUCUAUUGACACCCUUAAGGAUCCUGCAUUCCGUGACUCAGUUACUAGAGAUGACUGGCUCUUGAUCAAGAAAUUGAAGUCCGUCUUCGACAUUAAGUAG